UUGAAUUUCGAACGAAUAAUAAAUUUCGUAUGGGAAACGAAUGUGUUAUUAAUUUUAUUGUUUACUUAUUAUUAUUUCAGGUGUUAGUGGCGGUCGUACUUUGUACGACGGCGACAUUAGCUGCUCCUCAACGACCUCCCUCCAGUGGCGCUGACAAAGAUGCUGUGAUCACAUCUCAGCAGCUCGAAGUCAACUUUGACGGCAAUUAUGUCAAUAACUUCGAGACAAGCAACGGAAUCAGUCACCAAGAAUCGGGACAGCCUAAACAAGUAGAUAACGAGACACCGGUUGUCUCGCAGGGCUCUGAUUCUUACACGGCGCCGGAUGGCCAGCAAGUCAGUAUCACAUACGUAGCAGACGAGAAUGGAUUCCAAGUGCAAGGCUCUCACAUCCCCACGGCACCACCGAUACCGCCAGAAAUUCAAAGGGCGCUCGAGUGGAACGCGGCUCAUCCAGAAGAGGAUGACGGCGGUCAACCACGACCACCUGGCCGAGGUUAAUCAGCCCAACUAUACCUCAAACGUGACCUGAUUUCGAGCCAGCUUGCCAUGGACAGAACCGACCCUGAGCCUCCGAUGCGAUCAUAAAAAUAAAUAUAGUGUGGUUUAUUAAUCUAGGAUUACACAUAACAGAAAAAAAUGGCGCGAGCCAGCCGAUAUAUAAUAAUACUUCGAGAUUCUUUAUCUUACCUGUAUAGAUGAAAGUAAUGCGCACUGUUCAACAGUUUACGACAGGAUCGUGCCGAUGCGCGCACGCUGCUUUCACAUACAUAAAACGCGAAAAAUGGAUGACGCUGUCGCAGCUGCAAGGACGUGUAUCGAGCGUCGAUAGUAUAUAUUAUACGUAUACUUUAACUUGUGAUUUUUGUAUAUAAAUAAAAACAUUUUGCCGAAGAA